AUGUCAGGUCCAGGCUCGAAGAAAACCCCCUCAAUACCAGCCUGGCAACAAAAGUCUUAUACGGAUGCGCAGCAGUCCAGCACCUCCGAUCAAGCGACGGAUGUCUCAUCAUCUUCGUCAGAAUUACCUCUCCUCGAACAAGCCCGUAAAUUUCUCGAGGAGGAAUCAAUACGGGAUGCUUCACGAGAGCGCAAGGUAGCCUUCUUGGAACAAAAGGGUCUCACUGCGGACCAGAUCGAACAACUUCUCUCCCCUAAGCAGGAAGAAGAAGCAUCCUCAUCAUCAUCAUCAGUUUCUGAUCCAUCCAGCGAGAUCAAGACGAUUCACGACACCACCACACACACCUCUGUCGACAAGACAACAACACCUCGCGCAGACACCACCACAGCAUCUACUACCGCCGUACCAUCUCCUUCAGAAACAUCCACCUCCUCCUCCUCCUCCUCCUCCUCCUCCCAAGUGUCCUCAUCGAAGCGCGAUGUGCCACCUAUAAUAACAUACCCCGAAUUCCUUCUCAAACCACAAAAGCCUCCUCCGUUGGUGACAUUCUCCCGCCUCGCCAAUGCGGCCUACGCCUUUGCGGGGGUCGCGACCCUCACCUACGCCGCUUCGACGUACAUCGUCGAACCGAUGCUCGAAACUCUGACUUCGGCCCGUCACGAACUCGCCUCGACGGCCCUCGCCGACCUCGAGAGACUCAACACGAAACUCGAGUCCACCGUUUCCCACGUCCCUUAUAUCCCUCCCCUUGGCUCUUCUUCCACCUCCAAGCAACUCAAGUCCUCCUCGGACGACGAUCCUCCCAUCUCCGACACUUCUUCCGACGACUCUGACCCCACGGAACUGUUCCACCGAGACAUCGCGACCCAAACCUCGCCCGGCCGGUCGCGCUCCUCCUCGUCCGUGUCCUUGACCACCUCGCGACAAUUCGGCAUGACCUCCUCCUCCUCCUCCGCCGCCCAAGAUCCCACCGCGAGCCAAUCCGCCCGCCUGCGUUCCCUACAGUCGACGCUUUCAUCUCUGGUCAGUUCCACCGACUCACGGUUCGCCCAGCAGAGGUUGAAGGACACCACGGCCGAAUUGCAAGGGGUGCUGGACAACAUGAACAACACAUACAACCCUUUCCAGACCGACUUCGGCAGUAGCUACACCGGCUCCGGCAGCGGUGCUGGUGCUGGUGCCGGUUCUACUCUCGAAGACAACAAGGUCAAACACAAGAAGGCGUCGGACAAUGAAGCUCAAAAGUUCCGGGCCGAAAUCCGUUCACUCAAGGGUGCAUUGUUGAGUUCGAGGAACUUCCCGACCGCUAGGCCUACUGCUCCCUUCACCACAGCUGGCGCUGCGAGAUGAGAAAACCGAUGAACAUGUGUGAUAAGAUAUUCAUGGGUGGUUUAUACUCUCUACGAAGGGUCAGUUACACUAGAUGACUGUCAAACAAAAGGCAAUACUAUCAUACUCGUAUGUCAUCAUUUUUCUAUCACUACAUCAGAUAUACGAACGCUUCAUCCUUUCCCUCCGUCAUUGCUUAUCUUUCUCCUCUACGGAGUACCUAGGUAAAAGUCCUCGAACCCCAAAUCGUACGUGAUCCAUUCCCCCCUCUCUCAUCAAAAGCCACUGAGAAGCAUGGCUGGCUACCCUCAAGGUGUAGCCCGACACAUGCCGACCAACCUCUUGACGCCCACCAUCCAGUUUCCGCACUCUUCCACCUUGUUCGUGUGCACGUCCAUCUGGAUAUCGCCCGCCGUCUGGAAGUCUCGGUUCUGCAAGGCGCUGGCCAACUGCGCAAUCUGAUUCACCGUGUCUGGCUUCAGGAGAUCUUCAUUGUUGAGAUGGUCGAACAGAAUGUCCAGUCUCUUCUCGGUAUCACGAACCUGAGGCUCAAAGCUGGCAGGUGCUCGAGCCUUGACCCGCGCCAUUUCCGCCGUGAGGAUCUCGUAGAUUGGUUGCGCAUUCGACGGGAUAUGGCUGCGGUCACCUUUGGCUGUUUGCAAUAGUUAGAGACAGUGUCAUAGACUGAUACAAGGGAAUGAGAGACUCACGAUGUUUGCGUGCUGGAGGAGCGGCAGCUGCACGCUUCUCAGCUCCUCCAGAACCCGGCCGUUGGGCUUGUUGUGGAGGUCCGCCAGUUGGAGGGCUUGAGAUGAACUGCUGAGAUGGUGUUGGCAUAGGUGGUGCUGAUGUUUGUUGAGGAGUUUGAGAAGUCGUAGGAGGGCCGUAAGGGCUUGGGCGAGACUGUGGCUGCGCUUGCGAAGGCGCAUAUGGGUUGGCCGGAGGCUGUGGAGUGGUGUAUGACGACCCUUGAGGCGGUGGAGCAAUUGUAGGCCGCGAAGUAGGCGCCCCUGUUGGUUGGGAACCAGGAGCGGGAGCAUAGCGAUUCGGAGCUGAAGGGCCAUGCGAGGGGGGUGCAUUGUACGGUGAUGGGCCUCUGGGAAUGGGAGGCGACAUCAUGCUCGGUCCGACAGGCGGUGAGGUGACAGCUGGAGGUGCAUAUGCAUUCCCGGCGGAGGAACUUGGCCGCUCAAAAGGAGCUUGCGGUGGCCCACCAGCAAGGGGUGAAGAUACUCUAGGUGGAGGUGCCGAGCCCUUUGGUGGUGGUGGGAGAGGCGAUUUACUCUGUCUCGAUCCAAAAGGAGGUGCGAUAGGGGGUGAGGGUUGCUGAGCAGGGGCUGGGCUGUAUGGAUUGGCCACAGGCUGAGCUGCUGGCACACUCGGCGUGGAUUUCCUUGACGGCGGAGGCCUAACAAAGCCUUCAGGGAUAUCAUUCCAGUUCGUCAUAUUUUUAUUUUGUGACGGUGGUGGGAUUGACGGGGACUGGGUAAACCGUGGUGGAGGUUGUAAUGGAGGCGGCUGUGGCAUGCCAUAACCUUGAGGAGGGCCGGGGGUUAUUCGCGUCUGUUGAGGAGGUUGAUAGCCGCCAGCUGGGGUAUAUGGGUUCAUGGGUGCAGCCGCAGUUGCCGGCGGAGCAUAAGGAUUUGCAGGUUGAGGCUGAACGUUGCCGUAUGGAGCUGCUACUGGAGGAGUGGCAGCAGCAAACGUGGACGUUGGUGGUUGGAACGCAGACAUUGCAGGUAGAGGCUUGUUCUUAGUCGUGGUGGCAGCAGGCUGGGCCAUUGGCUUCUUCCUAGCCUUCUCCAGUCGAGUUCUCGCAACAUCGGCCCCAGGAUAUGUCGAAGGGAGUAGAUCCAAGUACCUUUGUGCGACUUCCAGCUGGCCGGAGCCUGCCACGAUGUCGGCGUAUUCCAGAUAUUUGCUGUAAAGCGCCUCAAGUUUCCACUCGCCUGGC